CUGGUGUCGCGUUUCAUUUCUGCGUGAAUCGAGAUUGUGCGUCUCCUCUGUCUGUCUGUAAUUCAAGAGAGAAAGUUUCGCUUUUUUUUUGUUGUUGUCCUUUCUUCCAAAAACACUUUCUACCAGUCCUGAACGGAAGAGGAGGCGCAGAGGAACCAGAACAAAAACUUUUUUUUUAUUUUAAUUGUUUUGAUAACCGGCAGCUUCAAUGAGAUCAGGAACUGUUUUCAAGUCAAAAAACUUUUAAGUGAUAGAAAGAGAGAGAGAGAGGAGAGAGAGAGAAAGAGGGGGGGCGGCGAGUCAGGAUCGAAACCACUCCUAAAAAAUAAAAAAAAGAACAUGGCUAAGAAAUACGACUUUCUUUAUAAACUCCUUCUGAUCGGAGACAGCGGAGUUGGAAAGACGUGUCUUAUUAUCAGAUUCGCGGAAGAUAAUUUCAACACGACGUACAUUUCCACUAUCGGUAUUGAUUUCAAAGUGAAGACCGUCGAGGUGCAGGGGAAGAAGAUCAAGCUGCAAGUGUGGGAUACAGCUGGGCAGGAGAGAUUUAAAACCAUCACAACAGCGUAUUACCGGGGGGCCAUGGGGAUCAUCCUGGUCUAUGACAUCACGGACGAGAAAUCCUUCGAGAACAUUCAGAACUGGAUGAAGAGCAUCAAAGAGAAUGCCUCUGUGGGGGUGAACAAGAUGCUCCUGGGUAACAAGUGUGACAUCGAGAAUAAGAGGAAGGUCCCGCGGGAGACGGGGGAGAAGCUGGCGAAGGAUCACGGGAUACGGUUCUUCGAAACGAGCGCCAAGUCGAGCAUCAACGUGGAGGAGUCUUUUGUAGAACUGGCUCGAGACAUCCUGCUGAAAUCGGACAAGAAAUCGGGUGGCGGAGGUCGAGAGGUCAAGAUGAACUCGACUGAUAAGAACCCCUCCAAGUGUUCAUUAGUCUAACGAGGGAACACACCGGGAACAGCCGACAGCCCUGGGACUUAAAGCUUCGCUGCAGCCGCUCUCCGAAAAACCCAGCCCCCACCCCCCAACCCCCAAGUCAAA